AUGUUGCUGAAGAUUUUUGUUUUGUUAUCAAGUUGGCUAACUACGGUAACACCAUCAUUAGAAACUCUACCUUCCUCUGAAAUUGUUCAUCACUUCAAAUCGGAUUGUUCAGAAGUGCUGAAUAAGGAAGCGUCGUGUUUGGUGAAACUCGGUGAGUUCUAACUAUGUUCUAAGUUAAAGGUGUUAGGCUUUGGUUUUUUCUUUCUUUUUCUAGUUUUGAGAGGUGGAAAGGGACCAAAGUUCUUUGAGAAACACUCUUUUUUUCUUUUUCUGGUUCAUUGCGGAAAAAAGAAACAGAAAAAAACGAAGAGGAGGAGAAUGAAGAAAAAAGGAUUGUUUUGGUCUUUUGGUUUCUGCGUGACUUUUUUCAUUUAGAAUUUGAGAGGAAACAGAACUCGGCAGCAAUUAUACUAAAAAUAAAAUUUGAGGGGGAGGGGUUUCGAACAUUGGUUUAGGCUUCAAUUUCUAUCUAGACUCAUUUCUUUUUAGGCUUUUUGAUGAUGUCACAUUUUCUUUCAAUUUUAAAUUCACAAGUUAAUGCCCAAGUUUUUUGUGAUUAUGUAUUUCUCAGAAUUUUAACGACUAAAUUCUCGUAUCAUAAAUUUAAUUCUUUGGAAAAGAAUUUAAUUGAAACUUCAAAUGACCAAAUAUUUUAUAUUUGGUAUUUCCAAAUUUUAAUUAGAUGAACUGCCACGUCACUAGAUCACGUCAAAAACAAAAAUUCUUGAUUUCAAAACUAAUAUGAGAAUUUCUAAAGCAGUGAGACAAAUCUUUUCACAAAAAGUGACAAUGUUUCAGUUGACUGCUCCGAUCCAAUCUAUCCGUUAGUCGAGGAUGGAUUACAGCCACCAAGUGCUCAUGAUCUUCGAGUUGCACCAAUUGUCAAAGCAGCUGGCGCAAACCAAUUAAAUGCCACAAAACACAGUUUAUUCGUUGAUAUUUCGUGGCAAAUGCGAAUCGAUGAUAUUAAUCAUUUGGAGGCUUUCAAGCUUCACGUUUAUUCUACUCCAAAUGGUCAAGAUGAGACAUGUUUUGUUUUUAAUGUCACGCAACACAAUAUUACUGACUUAGAUAGUCAUUCAUCGGUAAUUAUUUGAGAAUUAAUUUCACUUCAAAUUUUGCAGAUUGUGAGCUGAAUUUUGAACAUCACUUAUGACGUAGCAAAAAUUCUUAAAUUCACAAAAAUUAUAUUCAGAAUCAGUUUUUGAUGAUAAGAUUUAUCAACAAAAAAAACAGUUCCGAAUCUGAAAAAUUUAAUUUUUCUCAUUACAGUCAAGAUAUCGAUUCUCCUCGUCCACCUUGUUCAAAUAUGCGAGACAAUAUCACAUCGAUAUUCAUAGUCUACCAAUGUCGGAGAACUUUUCGCCAGCAGUCGGCACCGUUUUACAAAUGCCCGAAGAUCCCGAAAAGAUCAAUGCCGAAGAUUUUUGUAAAUACAAUUCAAAUUCACAAGCGUCUCGAUGGGCUGCAAGUUUUCGCAAAAUCUUCAGAUACAGUGAGGUGCGAAAAAUUCAAAUCGAAUUUCUCGCCGCGCCGCCAACAAUGUGUUUUGAGGAAUAUGAAGUUCGAUUGUUAGAUUCAGAUGGAGUUGCUGUUGUCGACAGUGGAUUUAUAACAAAAGCCGAUCUAAAAACAGAAAUGAACAACGGAAAAUUGGUGACAUUUGGAGGAUAUAACUUUACAAAUCUUCAAUUAGAAGUAAAUUAUAUUCCAUCGGUGAUUCCUGUUGAAAGAGCAGAAGAUGGAAGAUGUUUAUGUCCAUCAAGAAGUGGAUGUGGAUGUUUAGCAGCAGAAUGGAAACAUGUUAAAUUAACGAACAAAUUCAAGAAUACUCUUGUAAAUGUAACUAUUCCAAAAAGUGUCGAAAAUAGCCCGAAGAAAAAUGAUCCAACAAAUCCUUAUAUAAUUGUUUUGAUAACUGGAUCAAUCGCAACUUCAGUGAUUCUCACUUUUUGUUGUUGCAUGGCUGCUUGGUUUAAAAGAUAUAAACAGAAAUUGAAGAAGGAUGAGAAGUUCGAUUUUAUUGGAAAUAAAAAAGUGUAUGGACAAUGUGGAAAAGAUCCACUUAUUAUGCAAGGUAACCUUUUUUGAGUGAAAAAGGAGAAGUACAAAAACAGAAAACAACAAAACAUUUUCAGAAGCACUUUCGGUGCUCAUUUUGUAUUCACACGAUUGUUCACAACACGAUGCGGCGGUUCUGGCGUUUGCUGAAUUAUUGAGAGAUGUUUAUAGGUUGAAUGUUCAUGUGAGUGAUUUUUUUGAAACUUGCUUUCACAAUUCAAAUAAUUUCUAUUAUAGCUUGAUGUUUGGGAUGAUCGAGAAAUCGAGGAGAAUCGCGCCGAAUACGUGAAUUCGUGUGUAGUUCGCGCGGACAAAAUCAUAAUUGUAAACUCAAUUGGCAGUCAGAAUAUUGUAGGAGCAAGAAGAUUGCGAGAACCACAUAUGGAACGUAUAGUUCCCGGAAUGUUGGACAAUUUGUUUAUUCAUCAAAUCGAUCUAGCUCUACAGUAAGAUCCAAGACUAAUUCUAAUCCGAAAUCUAAUAAUUUUUUGCAGACAUGUCAGUGUUAUCUCCGUGCGUUUCCCUUAUACUCCAAAAACAUGCACAUUAUUCUCUUUGACUCCUCUUCUUCAAUAUUCGAUCCCGGAAAAUAUAAAUCAAUUUAUCUCAAGACUCAUGGACACACCUAGGCCAAUCAACAGACUCACAGGCUUCAACCCACAGUUUUCUAAACUUCAAGCAGCUUUUUCAAGAAUGCUGAACUUUAUAGAAGAAGAACCUUAUUGGUAUGAGCAAUCGCAUCAUAGAGUUCCAAUUAUUCCAAGAUCUUUGGAGAAUUCAACAGAAGUUUUGAGGAUAUCUGAAACUAUUGAAGAGGAAGAUGAAGAUGCAUUGGAAGGAGAAGAAGAAGAAGAAUUGGAAAUUGAGCUCGCUGAGCCAAAUGAUCAAAAUGAUUCUGGAAUCCUUGAUUCUGCCUAUGUCAGUGGAUCUGAUUUUUCAACACAAUUAGACAGCGAUGUUCUUUUUGACAAACCUCGAAUAUCCGAAUUCACGGAUUUAAAGAUUCCCAACAAACAUCAAGAUUCUGCCUAUCAUGAUGAAGUUAUUGAUGUUAAUUGA